CCCACCCUAAAACAAAGUGGAAUUUUUGCCAAACACCCCUACCCACCCGAAACAUAAAGUAGGCUUAUGGGUCUAAUUUCAAAAUUCUUAUCGCCAAAAUUCCGUAAUCACGUUCAACUGAACAUCUGAAGAAUCGUGUUUCCAAUUGAGGUAGUUAGUUAUAAAACACAUCUCAACCAACCGCAUUCCAUCACCAUAGAAAAUCCCAUCGCACAACACCUAAAGCUUCAUUCCAGUUGAGUAGUUCCCAACGUUGUGGCAGCCAGCGAGUCAUCACUGCUGUACCACCGGUUGGGUGUCCACGGCGCCUUCAAGGUUGAUCACUCGGAAGCUCAAAACCGUUGGUUUUGUUCGGAUCUGUUUGGCCGUUAAGCCACCGCACACCAAUGGGUCGAUCAACCGAGGCCACUGCCUUAGUUUCUUCUCGUCUCUGUGUAACCCACCCACAAAUCAUUAUUCUAUUGUCGUUAGUCAGCCCGCAACUGUAAACCAUUGAUUUUGCAUCUGUAUCACUUGGCUAUUAAGGUAACAAUCAAUCCUUGACACUCGUUCUUGUCACAAGAUUUCAAAAUUUUAAAUCCAUCAAUUUGUUCGUCAUUUUAAGAGUUUGGUUUUACCAUGACUUGAGGUUGAAGAUGAAUAAGAUGGUUGCAGUGGGUUUUUCAUUAUUUUAUUAGUAUCAUAAUGAUGUGUUGGCUAACAGACAAAAGAGGCGAACAUGGAGAGUUUUUUUUUUUUGAAAAACUCCCCAAGCACCAUGUACAACAACUAUAUGCAUAAACAAGUUACUUCUUUAUAUAGGUUUUAAUGUUCAUGUAGGGUGACCUUUAAUUGAUAAAAUAAAUCAAGUUAGUAUAAAGUAUGUUUUAAAAUAUUAUUUUUAAUGCUGCUAUAAUCAUAUAUUUAAUAUUUAUGAUUAUGAUUAUGAUUUAUCGAGAUUUUUAUUCACCCGCUAUAAAAUUUUGUUAUAUUAUUCUAAUAAUGUGAGAAAGUUACCAUUCUUGUAUGAAGGUUGUUUUAGAACAAAAUCCUUAAAAGUUAAUAUUUCAAUAUUGUGAUGAUUAGUAAAAUAUAAGUUUAUGAUGUUAUUUUUGUUUGAAAUCAUUAGUGAAUUUAACUGUGAAGGAAGCUCAACAAUAAAAUAAUGACAAUAACAUGGUUAAACUUUCUCAAAAUAUUUGUCGAAGAUAAUGACAAUAACAUGAUUACUUUUUAUUGUGUUUUCGAUUAUCCAUUUUAAUAUUUUAACUUCAUUUAUUAAUUCUAUACGCUUUUAAUACUUGAAGUGCUUGUGUAAAAAAUACAUAUUAAGCUAACAUUAAGUUUUUCUAGAUACCUCUCUAUAUUAGUUUUUUGAACUAACAUUUUUUAUAUCAUAACCAAGAGGAGUUUAUUUGAUCAUAUACAUUUGUUUAUUAUGGAAGCCUUAAAGGGAUAUUUGGAUGUAUGAUAUACUUGUGAUUAUGUAUAGUGUGAUAGGAUAAGACUAGAAGGUAUGGGGGCCGGCUGAUGCCCGGCUAGGCCCGGCGCCGGACCCCCACACCGCCCUCUGGGGCUCGGCCCAUCACACCCGGCGACCCACAGCCGGGUCCGCCGAUCCAAAAGUUUGAAAAGUAGCCGUUGAUGAACGGCUUUAUUUGAUAAAAAAAAAAUUCUUUUUCUAUAAAAUCACCUAUUUUCACCAUUAUUUCACCACUUUCGACCCAAAACCCUCUCACUUUUAUACCAUUUUCUCCCUACUUUUAUAAAAAAAUAUCUUUUCAUCCACAAUGGCUUCUAAUCCUUGGUGGCCCUCGUCUUCGGAUGAUGAAGAGGAGAUGUUUUUCGCAAACGCUGUACUACGGGCGGGACAGAUUCUAAUCGAAGAGGAAGAGGAAGAGGAAGACUUCUCGUCUGAAAAUGUUAUUACCAGACGAAUACGGAUUAACAGAGACCGCCAAGGAGCGCACGAGAAAUUGGUGAACGAUUAUUUUUCGGAUGAACCACUUUACAACGCCGACAUUUUCAGGCGCAGGUUCCGAAUGAGUCGCCGCUUAUUCACACGGAUUGCUAAUGAUUUGGCGGGGCUAGACCCGUUUUUCACGCAACGACCUGAUGCUCGAAAUUAUGAAGGGUUUACCACGUUACAAAAGUGUACUGCGGCCAUUCGCCCACUGGCGUACGGGACAGUGGCCGACGCUUUGGACGAGUACUUACAGAUGUCAGCAAGAACUACGCGGGAAUGUUUGUAUCGGUUUUGCCAUAAUGUGGUGAAACUGUAUAGCAAAAAAUAUUUGCGGAAACCAAACGCGUAUGAUGUUCAACAGUUGUACCAAGCUCAUGAAGCAAGGCACGGGUUUAGGUUAUGUAAUUUUUAUUUAUGUUAUGUAAUGGAUUUUAUUAUCUUCCUUUAUGUCGUAUUUUUAUUUAAAUGUUGAAUAGUUUUUAUAAAGUUAAACAAAUAAAAAAUAAACAAUAAAACUUAAACAAA